CGUGGACUAUUUCUGUCAAGUCGCUGGGUGCCGCACAGUUCCUGUGGAGUUGGGCACCCGAUACACAGAUGAGGAAUGGUCUCAGAAGCUCAUGACUGUCAGUGACUUCAUCAGCCACUAUAUUGUGAAUGAGAAGAGUGUUGGAUACCUUGCCCAGCACCAGCUUUUUGAUCAGAUCCCAGAAUUGAAAGAAGAUAUCAGUAUCCCUGACUACUGCUGCCUGGGAGAAGGGGAUGAAGAUCACAUCACCAUCAACGCUUGGUUUGGUCCAGAAGGCACUAUUUCACCUCUUCAUCAGGAUCCCCAGCAAAAUUUCUUAGCCCAGGUAUUUGGAAGGAAGUAUAUCUGCCUGUAUUCACCACAAGAUUCAGAAAACCUGUACCCACAUGAAAGCCAAAUUCUUCACAACACAAGUCAGGUUGAUGUGGAAGACCCUGACUUAGUUAAGUUCCCCAAUUUCAGAAAGGCUCCAUGUCAGUCCUGUAUUCUGAUGCCUGGACAGGUUCUGUUUAUUCCAGUUAAAUAUUGGCACUAUGUACGAUCGCUUGAUAUCAGUUUCUCAGUCAGCUUCUGGUGGUCAUAG